AUGGCCAACUCCACAAGUAAACCCAAGACUCCUCCUCCUGUUUGGGUACCAGCUCAUAAAUUCUUCAUCUCUACCUUUGAGAAAGAGUUUAUCUUGGAUAAUGUUGAUGGUGCCAUUAGGUCUGACCUCAAGUUUGAUGUCUUGACUCGAGUUGGUAGGGUUUACAGCAACCUUCAGGGCUUUGAUUGGGACUUCCGGAAGGGCGAUAAUUCCACCUCCACUGGGGACAAGGGUGAAGAGAUGAUAGCUAUGGGUGGUCGGGGACGGGCUAUACGGCGGCAGGGGGCUCGAGGCUGGGCUCGACGGGCUGGGCCCGACGGCGGGUGGGGGGAUCUCGUGUCUCGGCUCGACGGCGCAGGGGCUGGGAAUUUUCUCAGUCCAUUCCCUCUCUCAGUCACUCAGGUUUUAAGUGAUCCUCAGAAGAGAGCAAUAUACGAUCAAUAUGGUGAGGAAGGUCUCAAAGGACAAGUGCCACCCCCUGAUGCAACAAGGGGAUUCCCUGGUGGUGGUGCUACUUUCUUUCAAAUUGGGGAUGGUCCAAAUGUGUUUAGAUUCAACCCCAGGAACGCCAAUGACAUUUUUGCAGAGUUUUUCGGGUUUUUGAGCCCCUUUGGAGGCAUGGGAGGAGGUGGUGGUGGUGGCUGAAAUCUUAUUAUUUGCUUGAUAUUGCAAAGAACUUAAAUGUAUACAAUUUCAUUGGUAGAUAUGAUUUUUAUGAUAUGGAUUGAUUGUUUCUAAGCAAUUAAUAAA